AUGUCUUCGCCAUCCAGCAAGCACGUUGCUCAGCUGCAACGCCGCUUCAUCCAAAACGCCGACGCAGCAAAUUGAUUGAUCCUUCUGACCCUCGGGCUCUAUUGACAAUGCUGUCACGUCCACAGAUCCCAGAUGCUCUCGACUACGACCUCGAUCCUCAGACAGGCUUCGUCCUGAGCCAAGCUGUAGACUUGCCCGAAUACUAUAGACCAUGGUGCCAACUCUGCUCCGAUCUCCCACAACUGCUCCAGACCCGGACUCUGCGAGCCAGAGUCGACAGCCUCGAAACACUCAGCCCUGAGCACCUCGUCGGUCCGGCAUACUGGAAGCGUGCAUAUCUCGUCCUCGGUUACCUGACCCAAGCCUACAUCUGGCAGGACAAGACGAACCCUUCUCCAAUCAUCCCAGCGAGCAUCGGCGACCCGUUCAUCAAGAUCUGCAAUCAUCUGGGCACGGCACCGGUCCUGAGUUAUGCUGGCUCGUCUCUCUCAAACUGGAUGCCACUGUCCGACAACAACGGGCACCCAGAUCCUGCGGAAAUACUUACCGACUUCAGCAGGAUAAAGUCCUACGUCACUUUCACCGGCACGAGAGAUGAAGACGCGUUCAAUAUGGUGCCCAGCAUGGUCGAAGCCACAGGAGGCAAGCUCAUCACCUUGCUGCUGGACAUCAUCCGAGUCGAACGUACCGGCCACGCGCCAGACUUGCUCCCAGUACUGCAGAUCUGUUCAUCCACAUUCAAAAGGAUGGCCGAGAUCCUGUCCAUUCUGCAUCAAAAUUGCAACCCGGACUUUUUCUACCACCAGAUAAGGCCAAUGCUCGCUGGCAGCGCCGGUGCCCAAGAUAAAGGCCUCCCCGACGGCGUCACUAUCUACUGCAGCGACGGUUCGGUUGUCGUUGUGCGAUGCGUCGGAGCCAGUGCCGGUCAGAGUUCGCUGUUCCAGUUCUACGACCAUGUGCUCGGCGUCGAACACGGCUCGAAAAUGCUCGUCACGAUGCGUCCGUACAUGCCGCGGCUGCACAGGGAGUUUCUCGGAGCAGUCGAAGCGCUGCCGUCCUUGCGGGAUAUCGUCGACUGCCACUACCCCGAUGACGGGGAAGUGCUUGCUGCCUUUCAGCUGGCACUCGAUGCAUUGAGACACUUUAGGACGAAGCAUAUUGCCAUCGUUUCGAGGUACAUUGUGCAACCGGCGGCUGCUGAGGCCAAGAGGAUGCUUGCCGAUGGACUGCAACCUGUUCUCGAGGAAAAGGGAACCGCUGGGUCGAAGCCGGUUCCCUUCUUGAAACAAUAUCGAGAUGAGACCGUGCCCAUUUGAAGGGCACAUCUCUCUCCAGCCCUUCGCUACCCUAUUUAACGAUCAGGACUGGCAGCUGUCGGCUAUGGCAUGUGCCAACACUACCAACUGGCGUUGAGGAAGCAGGACCGCCAGCCUUGCAAAGUGUUCGGGAUCAGGGGGCGCAAGUUGGGUCUGAUCCACAGAACGGUAGAGCCUGGAAGUACGCUUAAUACAGGCUGACGUGCUAUGCCUGGGGUGAACUUGCUUGCCGAAGAGGUACGUGCCGUUCGAGACAAAGCCAUAGAAUGAGAGGACAGUUAGCAUGUUGACAGGAGGGCUUUACGAGGGCCUGCAAGCCGGAUCUACUUCAGGUCACUACAGCAUCGUCCCGACUAGGAAAACAGGCAGUAAGUUCCUACUUCGGGGCCCGCAUGUAGGAUUUAGAGCACCAGGGUCCAACGAAGGGUAUACAGAUAUCACACAUGGAUGGGAUCAGAAGACGAAGAUUUUUUCUUGACUCAAACGAGUACAAUCUUAUUGAUUGAGUCAAUUUUUUCUGUCUAACUAAUGGAUCACCUACGGUGAUCAUACACUGCAGGGACACUCAUCUCGCCAUCGACAAGUG